AUGGCCACAAGAACCAUUAUCAUUGACCAUGGGUCUGGCUUUUUGAAGGCUGGACUGUCUGGCUGGAAUGAGCCCCAGAUGGUUUUCCCGAGCAUCGUGAAUUACAUACCCUGCCGCGAGAACCCCGGCCCCAGCUAUGCCCAAAGGCGUGUGAGUCUGGGCAUUGACAUUUACAAUCCUGACACCUUCAGCUACCCCAUCGAGCGCGGCCGCAUCCUCAACUGGGAGGGCGUGGAGCACAUCUGGUCGUUUGUCCUGGAGAAGCACAGACAGGAGCACGAGGACUCCCCCGUGUUGAUUGCUGAGUCCCCCAGGAGGGAGCCUGUGGACCGACAGAAGACCCUGGAGAUAAUGUUUGAGUUACUGGAUGUCCCGUCCAUACUCCUGGCUAACCAGAUGGAGAUGUCCCUGUAUGCCUCCGGCCUCCUGACGGGCGUCGUGGUUGAUUCUGGCUACGGCCUGACCCGCGUGCAGCCUUUCCAUCUGGGCCGCUCCUUGCUCUCCAGUGCCAAGACGCUGGAGUUUGCUGGCCAGGAUCUCUCCGACUACCUCUUUAGGAGCCUCUUUAAGGAGGACUGCAACAGACACAACCUGUUUCAGCUGGAGACAGUUGCUACAACUCAGAUGAGCAAGUGCUAUGUGCCGCAGAACCUGGCGGAGGCGCUGGACUUCCGUCAGAGCCUGCCGAGCGGCUCAGAUGAGAACAACACCUAUCACCUCCCCGACGGCGCCCUGGUGGAGCUGACGCCCAUGCAGCGGCUGGCCCCUGAGAUGUUCUUCAGUCCCCAGGUGUUUGACCUGCAAGGGCCCAGCAUCUCCCAGGCCGUUGUGGAUUCCGUCAAGACUUGCGAAACCUCCAUGCACCCGAUUCUGACCUCCCAUGUGAUGGCGUGUGGGGGGAACACCCUCUAUCCUGGCUUCACCAAGCGCUUGUACAAGGAGUUGACCGCGGAUCUCCUUACCCCCACCAAGGCCACAAUAUGGGUCGGUUCAAAUAGAAACUUUAGCGUCUGGCUAGGAGCAUCUGUUGUGGCUCAUCUUUCCACGUACAGGUCUGAGUGGAUGACCAGAGAGGAGUACGAUGAGAGCAUGAGGGUGUGA